AUGGCCAAUAGAAACCCAGGCUUCGGCCCCGCUAUCCGCAGGAGAUCGUCGCUCGGCGCGAGAGGCAUCACUCAGGGAAUUAGGUAAGCCGGAAACCAUGCAGCUGUCUGCUGUUCCACGGCUAUUCCCCUUCCCUCCCUCUCUCCCUCCUUCCCUUGUCUGUGUCAGUUUCUUCGUGUCUCGUCUCGUGCCGUCGUCCAAUCUUUCCCUCCUCUACUGCUCUCUCCUGUUUGUGCUCCUCGGCACGUCAAUGGCGAUCCAGGCGAGAGGGAUUGCUGCCGUGGUCACCGUUCCCUCUCCUAUUGUGGCCUUCACUUGCGGCCUGCUGGUGCUGACCCUUCUGCUGUGGCCGCCUGGGAGGAUGUCGGGCCUCCCUUGUUGCGUGCUGAGCUGGUGUGGCUAUGUCAAGCUUCUGGGAACGAUGGCCUUGCUGACGGUGGGCUGCGCGAUGCGGCUGAUCAAGAGGAGCAAUCAGGUAAGUCUGAGACUGGUUCUCACGGACGAAGCACGCUGUCUCCAUUUCUCCCUUUGUGUGGCGGUGUAGGCUUGUGGUGUGAGCUGGCCGCCGCCUGCAUGGACGGUGGAGAACAUGCGGGAGACGCUGAGGGGCUGGGAUGUCGCGGCCUACACUUUCUACGUGAGAGACAUCAUCCUCUGGACCCUCAUAUCGUCCGAGAGCGGUCUGGGAACAGCUGCGCUGCUCUUCCAAGAGGCCGAAAACACCCCAAAGCAGCGCCUCGAGUUGAGCUCUCUAGCCACGCUCAGCAGCUGGCUCUUCCUGCCUGUCCCCGUGUGCCUUCUGGCUCUCGCAAGCCUGAUGGACGAGGGAUGCGAUAAGGGGAAAGUGGCUCACGCAGGGGAGAAUGGAGCUAUAUUUCUCAGUGACGUGCUGGAGUCUUCCCUGACGAGCCGACAUGUAAGCGCCUUGAGAGUCCAAGCUCUGAGGAGAGACUACUCGGAUGUGUGUGUACAUCGCCUUCUAGAGCGGUCUUGUGAGGGCAUGGGUGGGCGCAAUGGCAUUGACGUCAUUCCUGACGACAGCCCUCGUCAUGAGACACUUCCAGACUUCACCAGGUACACCAAUGCCGAGGAUACUGAGACAAGAGAAGUGUCGAUCCACCAUUUUUUUGUGUGUGUGUGUUGGCUGCAGGCGGCUUCAGCGCCACAGUCGUGCUGGCACUGGUCCCCUUGAUUGGCGUGGCAUUCAGCGAAGAGGACCUGAUGCUGUUCCACAAGUUGCUGGCCAUCCCCCUCCUGUGUCUCACGGUGCUGACCAUGCUCAUCUGGUCAAAAAGAAUACGGUCAGUGCACAGAACAAAGAUGCCUCAGUGCAGCGAUACAUACAAUCAUGUCUUCCUUGUCUCCUCUGUGUCUCAGUGAGAACUUGGAGUGGGAUUGUCAGCCCAAAGACCUGCCGGCCAUCAACCUCAUCGAAUGCGACGGCAACGUCAAGUCACUGGUGGCCCCAAGGAUCCCAUCACCUCGCAUGGAGCACCCCUUUUACCCCCACACCGCCGAGGCACCUGCAGCGCCCUCAACCCCUUCAUCAUCAGACGAGGCGGGGUCAGCCAGCGAGGACGAGCCGAGCGUUGUCAAGGAUGCUUCGUUGGACACCACGAGACAGCGGGCUGUGCUGUUCCUGCCUCUAGGUGCCAACAAGGAAACCGCGCUGACUCUGCCGACGGCCGACGUCAGCCCGCAAGAACGAGAAAGCAAUCCUGUCGAAGCACGCGUCAGCCCUUUCCUGCCGUCUCUGUCUUUGCCACUGAUGGGGCCACCAGGCAAUGGCGAGACAUCAUCGGAAUCAGCAGCAGCAGCAGCAGGGGCCCCUCCCCCCUCCCUCCUCGCCCCCCGGAUCGCCCUCAGCGGCACCUUUGCCACCCUUGCUGACGUGCCGACCGACUCUCCCACGCUGCGAAGGACGCUCAGUCAUCCACUGAGUGCUUUAAAUGACGAAGAGGGGUCCCCAUCGAUGAGAAGGCGACACCCCGCAGCUGCCAACGCGCGUGCGGCCCGCCUGCGGCUUCCCACCACUCAUCUGUCUGUACAGCUCUUCCAAGACAAGUACGCCUCGGCUAUGCUCAAGAAGAGAAUCGCCAGCGGUAUGGACGAGAAGAGGCCGCAGUCAGCUGAGCAGCGGCAGGAGGGGGAGAUGGGGGCUGGAAUGCCACCAGCCGCAUCGGCCAAGAGAAGGCCCGUGCGGACACGGACGGCGCCGGCGCGGUCGCCGGUGGGCUUUCUGGCGAGGAUGCUGACGAACGAUGCUGACGAGACAUGAGAGUUGUGGCGGGGCGUCGUGUUAUGCGUUUUGCUGUGCUGUGGUGUGUGUGUGCCCUGUCUGUCGGUUUUGUGCCUCUCUGUUUGCUGCCUGCGUCCUACUUUGGGGGCUGCAGGCGUCCAUCUUUGUGGAAUGGGUCGUUGACGAUCGUCCGUGAUUGGACUUUUUGACGCUUCAUCCACUCGAUUGAUGUGCCAGACGACAGACGUCCGUCCAUCCAUCCACACAUUGACCACCCGUGAAGCAGCCAUGCAGGCGACAGCACC